AUGUCCACACAGCCCUCGUCCGAUGCCAGCCCAACGAAUGGCUACCGCCUCAACCACUUCAUGCUGCGCAUCUCUAAUCCCACGCGCACCCUCCAUUUCUACACAACGCUCAUGGGCAUGCGAAUUGUCUUCACCCGCAACGUCGGUCCUAUAACUGUAUAUUGCCUCGGCUACCUGCAGACAGCGUCGUACCGUGCGAAUCCAAAGACGUACGCGGCGGAAACGAGCAAGCACGAGGUUCUAACUAGCACGCUUGGGUUGCUGGAAUUAGUCCACUUUCGCACGAAAGAAGAGGACGACGGCGCUGAGGAGGGCAGUGGACAGGCUGAGAUUUGUACUAAGAGUGGAGAUCAGGGGAGACUAGGGUUCAAUCAUCUCGGUUUCACGGUACUGGAUGUUGGAGCUACAGUGCAUAGGUUGAGAGGUGACGUGCAGGUUGUGAAGGACGUGGGGGAGCGGCCAAAUGAGGUUGUGCCAAUUACAAGGUGGGAGAGACAGAAUGGCGCGAGUGAGAGGGCACUAAGUGAGGGAUUUGGAAGGUUGUUUAAGCAGCUAGGGUUUGUGAGGGAUCCGGAUGGGUACUUGGUCGAACUUCUGCCACAGGUGCUGCGGUAG